AUGAAGAAGACGCUACUGCUAUGCUUCAUCCACGGCUUCAAGGGGGGUGAGGAGACCUUUGGCCAAGGGUACGCCUUCACCCAGGACCUUCGCGAACGGCUCUCGGCCCUCCUCCCCAAGCUCGACAUCCAGGUCCUCGUCUACCCAAAGUACGAGACCCGCGGCGACCUCGCCGACUGCGUCAGCCGGUUCCGCGACUGGCUGCAGGAGAAGGUCAUCGAUCUCGAGGUCGCCAAGGGCACACCCUCCCCGACCGUCGAGCCCAGCGUGCGCGUCGUCCUGUGCGGCCACUCCAUGGGCGGCAUCGUCGCCGCCGAGACCGUCAUCUCGCUCACCUCGGACCGUGUCAUCCCGCCCGUCUCCUCCGCACCCGGCGCAGACGGCAACCACACCGCCGCCCCUGCCGAGGGCGACCAUGUGCCCCUCAACAGCCUCAUGUUCCCCUAUGUCCAGGCCGUCCUGAGCUUCGACACUCCCUACCUCGGCAUCUCCCCUGGCGUGGUCGCCCACGGCGCAGAGACGCACUACUCCACCGCCAGCGCCGCCAUGGCGCAGCUGAGCACCCUCAGCUCGCUCUGGAGCCCCAGCGGGAGUUCAUCCACCAGCGCCGACCGGGCGCGCGCUGCGGAGAAGACACCAUCGUCGUCGGCCUCGAAUUGGGGCUCCUGGGGCAAGAUGGCGCUGUACGCAGGCGCGGGCGCGGCACUCGCCGGCGGUGCUGCGGCCGCCUACCUGAAGCGCGACCAGCUCACCGAGGGCUUCAUGUGGGUGUCGUCGCACCUCGAGUUCGUGGGCUGCCUCGCCCGCGGGGAGGAGCUCCGCCGGCGCGUGGCAUACAUGGCGCGCGCCCACAGGGAGCUGGGCGUCGGGUUCGGGAACCUGUACACGAGGCUCGGCCGGGGCGCCGUCGCCAAGAAGCAGCAGGUCGCGGGCAUGGGCGGCACCAACAUGGUGGGCACCGUCAUUGGGAGCCAGAGGACCUUUUGUAACCUGCCCAGCAAGAAGGGCGGGCCGGACCGCAUCGGGUGGUGGGAGGAGGCGGUCAAUGAACGCGCGGCUGACGAGACCGAGGCGCAUAUGUCCAUGUUCGAGCCGAAAGAGAAUCCUGGCUACGACCAGCUUGCCGACAGCGCGGCGCAGACGAUUGCGAGGUGGACCACGAAUGACUGGUACGAGAGCAGUACGGAGGGGGAGAUUCGCGACCAUGCUGCCUCGCCCUUGUCAUAA